AUGGCAUCGCCUCCGAAAAAUCUGGAAGAAGAAAUUAUCAGAGAGAUAACAAAACGAAUCUUGCAAAAUAGAUAUGGGUUUAGUGAGGAUCAAGUAAAUGCCUUAUUCUCAAUCCAGAAAAACGGAAGUAGCUACAGUGUAACUGCCUCAGAUAAAAAC